AGUGAAUGAGAGUCGGCACACGAGCGCUGAGCGCACAGACGAAACUCCUUCAACCGUGAUGAUGCAGUGGCGAAACUUUUUUUAAACCAACGGGCUUUGUAAUGACAAUACAGACCAAGACCAUUUUCUUGUUUCGAUAGUGCUUUUGGCGUGGUGAAUCACAAAGACCCUGUGAGAUGUUGAUUCGAACAUCUUACCCACCGGUCGCAAGGCAGUAACAUCUGCAUCUCCCACCUGGUUGCACUGAAAACUACUGUGGUGGAUCUGCGUGGAAUCCUGGAAGAUGGUACAAUUAAUCUGAUCAUCAUGAUCAGUUUCAACUGAUCGCUUUUUUAUUUCUUCGUUUGAGGUCCCUUUUCAUCCACCUCUUCUUGAUGGGAAACUGGCGGUUUUAGCCAUUUUCAUGGAAUGAGUUACCGAGUACGGAUUUUUCCCAGGAUGUUACUGCCGAGAUGGCCCAGGUGUAUUUGGGCCUUGGUAAAUGUUGUUUCUCUCGCCCCUCAGAUGGAUUUGGAGUUUGACUCUUGUUAGGGAGUUACGGUAUUACCAGACCUCAGCGAAAACAACACUCGCGGGUUGGCGGAGGACAUUGACAUUGACACGACAAGCAUCCUUAUCCUUGGGUUACUAUGCACUUGCAACUGAUCUCCAUUGUUUUGAUCUUGCACUGUAUGGAGUACACUAAUUGUCAGCAACACGCCUCAAGGCACCGGCCACACAAACAGAGCAUGAGCUCGGGGUGCCAGAGCGGGUGCCUGACGUGUUCGGAGUACAACGGCUGUCUGUCCUGCAAGCCGCGCCUCUUCAUCUUCCUCGAGAGGAACGGCAUGAAGCAGACCGGCGUGUGUCUGCCCUCCUGUCCCAGCGGUUACUACGGCACCCGCUCCCCUGACAGAAACGACUGCACUAAGUGUCGGCCGGAGUGUGACUCCUGCUUCACAGGUAACUUCUGCACGCGCUGCCGGCCCGGCUUCUACCUGCACCAGGGGAAGUGCCUGCAGACCUGCCCAGAGGGCCGCGUGCCCAGCCUCGCACAGCGCGAGUGCGUACCUGAGUGCCCCGCGGACUGUGACAGCUGUGUGAACGGUGACACCUGCAGCAGGUGUGCGGCCGGCUUCUUCCGCCUACAGGGGAAGUGUCACCACACCUGUCCAGAGGAGUACGAGCCCAACGAGCUGCUGCUGGAGUGCAUCCCUCAAGUGCACUGUGAGGUGGACGAAUGGAGUGAGUGGAGUCCCUGCUCUCGCCCGGGCAAGACCUGUGGCUUCAAGCGCGGAGAGGAGACGAGGACACGCAAGGUCAUCCAGACCCCCUCUUUACUAGGCCACGCAUGCCCUCCCACAUACGAGAAGAGGGAAUGUGUUGUGAAGAAGAAGAAGUGCCCAGACAAAAGACACCGAAGGCCGGACAGGAGGAACCGCAACAACCGAAGGGACAAGGAGAACCAAGAGGGCAGGCAGGAGAGAAAGAAGGAGAGAGAGAAGGAGAGAAAGGUCACAGGAGGUGGAGAAUGGGAGGACUCAGAAAGCAGGAACAAAACCGAGCGACGGCGUCGAAGAGGACACACGUCAAGGAGUCCCGUGUCGAUGGAGGGAGGCGUCGAGCAGUAGAGGGGCCGAGGAUUCCCCCCAGAUCUCUCCUCAAGCCUCCACCCCACCCCCACCCCACCCCACCCCUCGCCUCGCCUCGCCUCUCACCCCCCCUUAUCCCCUUGCUGCGGGGGUGUUGCUGCUACCUGUAUAAUUUAAAUAUAUACUGUAUAUGCACAAGAGAGGGAAAGGGGCCCAUUGUGGUACUGUACAUGAUGACAGACAUGGAUCCACCACGGACACUUGGGUUGACAACCCAAAAGGCAAGCAAGCCCAGGCCACAUACCCCUGAGAUGUUCUAACAGCAAAGUAGAGACCUGUGAAAAAGCACAUGCUGUUGGCUUCAUUAGUGAUGGGACAGAGAAAAUGGCUGCCAAGUUGGAGCAAAUCUGUGGGGACUUCUUCAUUGGCUGUUGUGUAAGGUUGAUGUUCUGUUGGCAGAUCUUAAAAUGAGUGAGAGGGGAAAAGAAACACAAAACAGAAAGACCCAACGUUACACUCCACCACCCUGCCCCGACACAGCAUUGCGCCAUGGUUUGAAUGUAGAUUUUUUUUAAUGUAGAACAUGUUGUGUAAACGUCGAUACUUCUUGUCUGACUAAAUUAAAAGUGAGCAUGCUUGCUGGCAUCCUGGAUAUUGCCUGUGGUAGACAGCGAUCUACUGACUGCAUGGAUGGGUGUAUAUAUGUGUAUAAGGGCAAAAAAUAAGGACAGGUUGUUUUGUUUCGUUUCUGUUACUGUUUUCUUGCUCCAUGCCCGCAGAACAAAGUGUUGGUUUGCCUGUCUGUACUUACAGGAUCUGUGCUUCUGAAGCCAUCUGAACAAAAAAAAAGUCAAAAAGCACCUGUUA